AUGUUGCCAACUGCGAUCAGCUCGCCAAUGAUCCACAAACGAGCGAACGGCGUUCACAUGGGUCUUAACACAGACUUUCCAGACCCGAGUUUCCUCAAAGCCGCAGACGGAAAGUGGUACGCCUUCGGCACAAACGGAAACGGCAAGCGCAUUCAAGUAGCCAGUUCCUCCGACUUCAACACGUGGACUCUCCUAGACAUUGAGGCUCUUCCCAUAUUAUCAACCUGGGAAACUGACAAAGACCACUACGCACCAGAUGUGAUUCAACGCGGCGAUGGAAAGUACGUGAUGUACUACUCUGGCGAAGCCAAAUCAAGAAUAGACCACCACUGUGUUGGAACAGCCGUAGCAGAGAGCCCAACAGGACCAUACGUACCCAGCAAUACACCACUAUCAUGCCGACUAGAUCAGGGCGGCUCAAUUGAUCCAUCUGGAUUCGUCGAUUCAGACGGGACCCGGUAUGUGGUAUUCAAAGUAGAUGGCAAUAGCGUCGGCAAUGGCGGGGACUGCAAUAACGGAGUCGAGCCACUCGUCUCAACACCAAUCAUGCUGCAGAAACUACAGGCCGAUGGUGUCACACCUCUGGGAGACGCCGUGCAGAUUCUUGAUCGGGGUACAGCUGAUGCUGAUGGGCCGCUUGUUGAGGCGCCAAAUCUUCUGCUUCAUCAGGGCACUUAUUUCCUUUUUUACUCGACGCAUUGUUACACUGAUACUGCAUAUGACGUGCGUUGGGCGACUGCCAGUAAUAUUGCAGGGCCAUAUGAGAAGACGAAUGUCAAGUUGACGAAGACUGGGGAAGACGGGUUGAUGUCGCCGGGUGGUGCGACGGUUUGUGGAUGUGGGGACCGGAUGCUAUUUCAUGGUUGGUGUGAUUCUGCAAAAACGAAGAGGUGCAUGUAUGUGGCAAAUAUGAGUCUUACUGGGAAGACUGCUGCUAUCAUUUGA